AUGGUUCCUCCCCGGCCUGUCGAGCUCCUUCUGAAGGGCUGCACAACUCUCUGGGUUGUCAUCACUUGUUCAAAAGUACCGCCCAGCUCUGGCAGGAGAAAGAGCCCGCAGCGCAGCGGGCGCCGCCCCUGCCCAGCCGGGGCUCUCUGGCAGAGCAGCAGCAGCACAAGCCCCUCUCAACCCGCCCUUGCCGUGGCUUCCCCUGGGAAGCCAGAAGCCUCUGUAACUCAGCAGGUUCCCAGCUUGGAUCACCUCCUGCUGGUGGGCAGAUCCUGUGGGUUCCGACUGCUUCUGAAAAGUGACAAAGGCAGAGCCUUGCCACACCAACGUUGUGUGGGAAGUUUAAAGCCAUUUGUCUUCCUUUCUGUGCAGCUCCUGCAAGAAGUCGAGCGUGAGAAGACUGCACUGUGGGAGAGGCUCUGCCAGACUCAGGUAGAGCUGCUCCAAACCCGGCAGCAGCUAGGGCAGCUCAGGCAGCAGGUGAAAGAGGAGAGAGAAAAUGGGCAGAACAUCAAGGAAAAGCUGGAAGCAGAGCUGCAGGAAGCUCAGAGUAAGAUGAAGGCAGUGGAGAGGAGGCAAAAGGAAGAAAUGGCAAGAUUGCAAGAGGAAAUCAGUCUCCUGCUUCAGCACAGGGAGGCUCUACAAAACCAGGUCCUGCAAGAAAAGGCACGUGAGAAGACCGCUCUCUUGGAGAAGCUGUGCCGGACUCAGGUAGAGCUGCUCCAAACCCAGCAGCAGCUAGAGCAGCGCAGGCAGGAGGUGAGAGAGGAGCGAGAGAAUGGGCAGAUCUACAGAGGCAAACCUGCCAGCAAACCCGUGGCUGCAGCAGCCCCCUCUAACGAAGCCUCCACUCCCCAGCCUGAGAACUCGAGCCCCAGCAGUUCGUCCAGCUCACGCCUGGACGCAGAGCAGCUGCGAGAGCUGAGAGAGGAGGAGUCCCUGAAGCUGCUGAGGAGCAUUGUGAGUGUGGGAGAUCCACUGAAGAAAUACACUGGAUGGGAAAAUAUUGGCAAAGGGGGUUUCGGCACCGUGUACAGAGCAUUCGAUGCUGUCACGGGAGGAGAGGUGGCCAUCAAGCUAGUCAAUCUCCAUCAACAGAGAAAAGAGGAACUCCUGAAAGAAAUCUUGGUCUUGAGGGAGAAGAACCACCCCAAUAUUGUUACCUAUGUGGACAGCUACCUUGUCAGUCAGGAGCUCUGGCUGGUGAUGGAGCACAUGGACGGAGGCUCUUUGACUGACGUUAUUAGCGAGACAUGGAUGGCCGUAGGACAGAUAGCAGCUGUCUGUCGGGAGUGCCUUCAGGGACUGGCUUUCCUUCAUUCCAACUGGGUCAUCCACAGAGACAUCAAAAGCGACAACAUUCUUCUGGGCCUGGACGGAGCGGUGAAGUUGGCUGAUUUUGGCCUCUGUGCUCAGCUCACCCCUGAGCACGGGAAACGGAGCUCCAUGGUCGGGACUGUUUACUGGAUGGCCCCUGAAGUUGUGAGAAGCCAACCCUACGGCCCCAAGGUGGACAUCUGGUCUCUCGGCAUCGUGGCAAUAGAGAUGCUGGAAGGAGAGCCUCCUUACUUUAAGGAAAGCCCUUCCAUGGCUCAAGACCUGAUAGCCAGAGAAAGGACACCAAAGCUGCAGAACCCCUGGCUACACUCCUCUCUCCUGCUUGACUUCCUGAACUGCUGCCUGCAGAGGGACGAGGAGAGGCAAACAUCUGCCCAGCAACUUCUGCAGGUAAAGAGGGAAGCGGCUGCAGGUGGAACAGCUGUCCCAUCUCAGGCAUGGCUUCUCAGCUAAACUCCAAGGCAUCAGAUGGGCCCCCCUCCUGGUAAUCUCUAAACAAAAGAACUGAAGUAGGAUGAUGCCAGGCCUGAAAUGGUGCUGGAGGAACCCA